AUGAAACAACAGCAACAACCAACUUCAUUAGUAUCUUCCAUUUUAGCGGUGUCAUUUGCACCAUCUUCAAAUGUAAAUGCAUAUCCACAAUCGAAUGCCAAUAAAGUUGCAUUAAAAUUAGCAAAUGCUAUAAAGUUUAAAACAAUUUCACAAGAUGAUCCAGAUAUUAAAACUGAUUAUCAACCAUUCACCGAUUUCAUUCAAUAUUUACAACAAGCAUUCCCAGUUUUACAUAGCCACUUGAAUCGAGAGAUUAUAAAUAACUAUUCGAUGUUGUAUCGAUGGGAUGGUAGCAAUCCUGCGCUGAAGCCAUUCUUUAUCAAUUGUCACUACGAUGUUGUGCCUGUUGAUAUGUCGGGCUGGUCGGUCGAUCCGUUCGGUGGUGUCAUCAAAGAUGGCUAUGUUUGGGGUCGUGGUUCCAUCGAUAACAAACUGAUCGUAAUCAGUGCGAUGGAGGCAAUCGAAACUCUGCUGAAUCGAUCGUACGUCCCCGAGAGAACACUCUAUCUUGCCAUCGGACAUGACGAGGAAAUCGGUGGAUACAACGGCCACAAGAUGAUAUCGGCACACGUCCAAAGCCUCGGAAUCACCGCCGAGAUGAUUCUCGACGAGGGCAUCCCGCUGCUACAAGCCGGAUUCCUCCCGGGACUUAACACCACUACCGCGUUGCUCGGUGUCAACGAGAAAGGCUACGUCUACUUCAACAUCACCGCCACUGCGCCAGGCGGUCACUCCUCGAUGCCACCCUCACAGCAAUCGCCAAUCGGUAUUCUCGCGAAAGCCGUCACCGCCUUUGAAUCGAACCCGCUUCCACCACCGAACAGCACACUCUACCCGAAUCAAUUCCUCGAUCAAUUUACACAGCAACAAAUCGAAACGAUUCCAUUCCUCGACUACAUGAGAAGAACUACCACCACCGUGACAAUGUUCCGCUCUGGGAUCAAGCCAAAUGUGUUGCCGACCACCGCCACCGCUUGGAUUAGUCAUCGUGUGGUUCCAGGCGAUGACGUCGAUGCCAUCAUCGAGAGAAACAACCGCUUGAUCAACGACACCAGAAUCAAAGUUAUCAUCGACGCCAAACUUCCACCAUCGCCAUACUCGAGUCCCGCCGCCAAGCCAUUCAAAGCGGUCAAGCAGUGCAUCAAGAAAAUCUUUGGACAAGACGUGAACGUCAAGUCCGGACUCAUGUUUGCAAAUACCGACACCCGAUACUACUGGCCGGUGUCACCCAACAUCUAUCGUAUAAUGCCAUGUGUUGUCAACAGUCAAGGACUUGCAAUGCUACAUGGCUACAACGAGAAGUUGGCAAUCACUGACCUGGUGAAAGCAGUCAGCUUCUAUCAACAUAUCAUUAGAAAGUUUAAUAAUAUUGAUCUCGACACAACCAUAACCGACAUUGAUUAA